AUGUUGGACAACAGAUGGGUUGUGCCGUAUAACCCUUACCUUCUGCGGAUGUUCAAUUGCCACAUCAAUGUUGAGGUUUGCUCCAGCAUAAAGGUCGUCAAAUACCUUUACAAGUACAUAUACAAGGGCCAUGAUAGGGCUUCUUUCAGCAUCGAGCAGCCCGACACCGAUGGUAACAUUGGUGAGAUCAAAAGAUACGUAGACGCGAGGUGGGUUACUCCUCCAGAGGCGAUGUGGAGGAUAUUUGGCUUCCCCUUGUGUGCCAAUGACCCGCCUAUCCUACAGUUGCCUCUUCAUCUCCCGAAUAUGCACAGGGUGGCAUUCAAUGAGCAAGCUCACUUGACUGACGUAGUCGCCUCUGAGAAUGCUUCCAAAUCCAUGUUGACAGAGUAUUUCAAAGCUAACCAAAACCACACGUGGGCUACGAAUAUAUUGUACAAGGAUUUUCCUAGAAGGUUUACAUGGCAGAAGGGUAAGAAGUAUUGGAAAGAGCGGGUGGAGCGUUAUCAGAUAGGUCGAAUUGUGUCUGCCAAUCCUGCCGAGGGAGAGCGAUACUAUCUGCGUGUGCUGCUAAACCAUGUUGCUGGCAAGACAUCCUAUGUGGACCUGCUCACCGUGGACGGUAGGCUAUGCGGGAGCUUUAGAGAGGCUGCCGAAAGGUUGGGACUCAUCGAGGCAGAUAACACGCUCGACGACUAUCUUACCGAGGCAGAGCAGUGGGCGAUGCCAUGUUCGCUCAGGAGGCUCUUCGCAACAAUUUUGGUGCACUGUGAGCCAGACGACGUGUGUGGUUUAUGGGAUAGGCACUUCGAGCCUAUGUCUGAUGACUAUCGGCGAUCACACACGUACCCGAUUGAGGUGGAACAGAUAGUGUUGCUUGACAUUAGGGGUAUGUUGCAGUCCAUGGGCAAAGACAUAGCUGAUUUCGCUCUACCAUGCAUUGACGAUGCGUUCGACCCAACCGAGGGCGAGGCCAGAGAAGUGAUCGAGGAAUCCAACGUCGAUUUUGACAUCAACGACACUAAAUUGGCUUCGUCGCUAAACUCGGAGCAGAGGGCUGCAUACGACGAGAUACUAGUUUCUGUUGAACGCGGUGAUGGGGGUGUGUUCUUUGUUGAUGGCCCAGGAGGUACAGGGAAGACCUUCCUGUACAGGGUGCUGCUCGCCAAGGUUCGAAGCAAGGGAAACAUCGCUAUCGCUACCGCGACGUCAGGCGUCGCCGCUUCUAUCAUGCCUGGAGGCAGGACUGCCCACUCGAGGUUCAAGAUCCCAUUGAGCUGCAACGAUGGCGCCUCAUGCACCUUCACAAAGCAGAGUGGUACCGCCAAGCUAUUGAGGAUGGCCUCAUUGAUACUAUGGGAUGAGGCUGAGGGAGUCCUGGACUAA